AUGAGGGAAGACUUAUUCGAUAAAUUGUUAGGAAAAUUGCUUGAAGUGGAUCCGGAAUGGCAUCAACGUCCGGAUGCAACCGGUACUAUGGGGCAUUCUCCGCAUAUGAAAUUAGUUACCGUGAUGAAAUGUUUAUGCAAAAGUACGGCAGCUGAUAGUGCUGAUGAUUACACUCGUAUGGGUGCAACUACAAUAUACAAGUAUCUAAAAAUAUUUUUCCACACCAUUUGCAUGACUUUUGGAGAAAGAUAUUUGCGUGAACCCACUCCUGGAGAUGUUCAGAGGUUGCUAACUAAGAAUGCGGACCGAGGUUUUCCUGGAAUGCUUGGUAGUGUAGAUUAUAUGCAAUGGCCAUGGAAGAUUUUUCUGGUAUCUUGGCAAGGAACUUACCGGGGUAAAGAUCAAGAGAGUAGUUUGGGUGUAGCACCUCCAUGCAAUUAUGUCACCAAUGGUAACCAGUACAAUAUGGGUUAUUUCUUAUGUGAUGGUAUCUAUCCAAAGUUGACUACAAUUGUACAAGCUUUUUCUCAGACAUUGGACAUUCCCGACUAUGUGAGGUUCAACAAGUAUCAAAUGGCUAAAAGAAAGGAUGUGGAGCGUGCUUUUGGAGUGCUUCAGGGUAAAUUCAUAAUUGUCGGAUCUCCCUGUAAGUAUUGGCACCAAUCUGACUUGAAUAUAAUUAUGAAAUGUUGUCUUAUUUUAUACAACAUGAUUAUCGAGCAUGAAUGUCGGGAUACAGAAUGGAUCAGAGUUGUUCCUGUUCCGAUUCUGGAACCUACCGUUAAUGGUCGUGUAUUUAUGUCAUCUUUGAAAAACCUAGAACUGCACCUACAACUAAGAAAUGAUAUUGACAAGCACAUUGUCGCGCUUCCUGGUAGAUGA